AUGUUUAGCCUCAUUAAAGUAGCGCAUCAUCUUCGUAAUGUUGACCCCAAAUCCAGGAAAGUGGAGCCCAAGAUUAUCACCAGGAUGGUAGAGAUCUUGUCAACCAUGAUAAAGCCGGCAGUUCCUACCCCAGAGACUAUGGAACUGAUUAAGGACAAUGCUGAAGCCUGGGGUUACAACACUAUUUCCACUUUGGUCAACCACUACGAACUGGGUUUUGAUGAAGUCAUGUUUGAACUCCAAGAGUUAAUGAUCCCACAAUGGCGAGAUGCGUUUGAGGUGGCGGUGCGUUGGGCGAAGAGAAACUUGCCCCGCAUCACGGAUGAGGCUAUAGGCGUAGCAUACGCCAGGAUUUCAGGAUAUGUUAAAGAUUCGGCCUCAAAUGUCGGUGGAGAUGAGUCCAAGAUUCUUUGACAUACAACCCCAGCCACCAAUCCAACCAGUGAAAAUAGUACAGUCCCUUGAGAAGCCGAUAGCUCCCAGUCACGAGCUGCAGAAACGACCAACGGCCAAACAGGCCACAGAGGUCAAAAAGGUCAAGCAGGACCGCUCUGCAUCGGCAUUUGUUCCACGACCUGUAGGGAAAAUAGAUCAGCCACAACCUAUCGCCAAGCAGGCUACAAAGGUCACACAGGUCAAGCAAAACGAUGACCACUCUGGAGGGGCAGUUACUCCUAAAUUACAGAGGGAACAACGACACAUUACACGGGACAGAGAUCAAACAUUAGGCCAAACAGGGGUCAGAGUCCAGGAGACACACAAGGUCAAGAGUCCAGAUCUAGAAGAACCAGACUCAGGGUUUGAUGAAGGAGAUGUCUUCCUGGACUCAUUGGAUUUCUCCACUAAUUUAGAGCCACCACUGUUUGAAGUAGGGAUGUAG